CAGUGGGAUUCAGCCAGUGAUUAUAAACAUGUUGUGGAAGUUAGUACUGAGAUCCCAGCCCUACAGGCUAUGUUCUGUCAGAAAGAUGCUAUCACCUCCAAAAUACAGACCUUUAUUAUCCUACCUUCUGUAUACAACUGAUAGACAGCAAAACAAAGAAAAUAAAAGAACAGUGGAAAAACUCUACAAAUUUUCGGUUGACAUUAGGAAAAUCCGCAAAUUGAAAGGAUGGGUGCUUUGGGAAGAUGAAACCUAUGUUGAAGAAAUUGCAGAUAUUUUACAACAACUGGGUGCUGAUGCAACUGCUGUGGCCAAUAUUUUGGAACGCUGCCCAGAAGCAAUCACCUGUAGCCCAACUGCUGUCCACACCCAGAAAGAACUCUGGCAGUUAGUCUGUAAAAACAAGGAAGAAUUAAUCAAGUUAAUAGAACAGUUUCCAGAAUCUUUUUUUACUGUUAAAGACCAAGAAAGACAAAGGCUAAACAUUGAGUUCUUUCAGAAGUUAGGACUCAAAAAUGUGGUCAUUAGCAGAUUUCUAACAACUGCACCUAAUAUUUUUCAUAAUCCUGUUGAGAAGAAUGAAGAGAUUAUAAAGAUUCUCCAAGAAAGUUACCUAAAUUUAGGUGGCUCUGAGGCUAACAUGAAAGUUUGGCUACUAAAAUUAUUAAGCCAAAACCCUUUUAUUUUGUUAAAUUCAUUGCCAGCUAUAAAGGAAACACUUGACUUUCUCCGGGAGCAAGGUUUCACUAACUUUGAAAUUCUCCAACUUCUAUCCAAACUCAAAGGAUUUCUUUUUCAACUUUGUCCAAGGAGUAUAGAGAGCAGUAUUUCCUUCUCUAAAAAGGCUUUUAAAUGUACAGAUCAUGACUUGAAGGAAUUAAUUUUGAAAUGUCCUGCUCUUUUAUAUUAUUCUGUUGAAGUUUUGGAAGAGAGAAUUCAGGGAUUAUUGAAAGAAGGUGUUUCUAUAGCUCAGCUACAAGAGAUGCCCAUGGUUCUUGAAUUAACACCACAGAUAGUACAAUACAGGAUAAAAAAAUUGAAUUCCUUAGGUUACAGUAUAAAGGAUGGACAUCUAGCAAGCUUAAGUGGAACAAAAAAAGAGUUUGAAACUAACUUUGGUAAAAUUCAGGCAAAAAAGGGAAGACCAUUAUUUAACCCGGUAGCACCAUUACAUGUUGAAGAGUGACUUACUGGCUGAACUUGCUAAUAUCUGGCAGUGCAGAAUAAAACCGAGAAGUAAAGACCAGUGAUUUUUGUCAUUUAUACGAGUCACCUAAGAUUCACCUAGGAGCCAGUCACCUAGGAACAUCCUUAGCUUUUGAGUAAUGUUAAAUUUAUCUAUAAAGAGAAAA